AAACGCCCGAAUCGUAGCCGCCUCCCGCUCCGGCGACCGCCCGCCCAGACCUCCCCUGCGACCUGCCGCUUGCUGGCGUGCUCCUUCCGCCCUACGGUGUUCGCGCUUCGGCCUCCGCGCGUGUGCGGUCUUCAGCAGCGGUGCGCCCGACACUGGAUAGCCGUUGCCAGCCAAGCACGGAGACGGAGGCCCCGCGGGCCCCUGCCUGCGUGGCUUGUUGCCUACCGAGGUGGAUUGGGGGAAUUGUUGCAUGCAGUACUGAUCAGUAUUGAUUUGUGAAGCUUGACAAACUCGAAUAUGAUCAACUCAUAGUGGCAAUAAUUGAAUUACAAUUCAACCACAUGUAGAAAUGUUCACAGAUAGCCCUAAGUUUUGGUUUCAGUCUGACUAAAAAUGUUCAUCUAAUGGUGAGUUGUGGACUUGUGGCAGUCUUUUUUUUUCUAUAAUACGACGUAUGGCCUUCUAUCAUCAUGGUACAACUUUAAAGUAGUCCUUGUAUACUAAACUACUUAGUGAUGAUGGUGCUCACAGUCUGUCAUUCAGAUCUUCAGUAGAGAAUGUGAGUUGUACCAAAGUCUACUGUUUACCAGGUUAUUACAUGACACUAACAGGCGGUGCUUACUGCUUAGAUUGCCAUAUCCUGGAUACGAUUUUGUUUUUGUGACUCUGAGCAAACUGUUCUGAAGUUUCCAUACACUUGUUCACCUGAUUUUAUGCCAGUCAUCCAGUCAGUAUGUGAUAAUGGCUAACAAGCGCCAAAGUGACGGACCAGGUUAAGAUGAUGACAGUCUGCUUGACAAGAACAAUCUCCAUUGUUUUUCUUCUCUGGGCUACUUGGACAAGUCCCCCACCAACCUGACAAUUCUGCAAAGCUGCAUGCUGACCUGAGUGACCUCACUCCUGCAAGUUGCACAUACCAGCAAGGAAAACCAGAGUUCCAAGCAUCAUUUUGCUGUCUCCUUGGAUCCAUCAGUCUACAGUCAGGUUAUUUGUGGUGAACUGGUGAUGGCAGUGCGGGAUGUUAUUUCUUUGAACCGUAUGAUCACUGGUUUCAUUCGGGAUGGCCUCGGCGAUCGAGCUCGUGCAGUCUACAGGUGGAUGGUUGCUUCAGGCUUCAGAGAGACCCCUCAUACCUUCGCUGCAAUCCUUGGUGCGUGCAACAGCUGUGAGGGACUGCAACUGCAUGGCCGGGUGCUGGCGUUGGGCCUGUGCUCCAACCCAUUUAUUGGGUCUGCGUUGGUCAAUCUCUAUAUGCGCAUUGGAAUGCCUUGUGCUGCCCUCUUGCUGUAUGAUGAAACGGCAUUGCGAAGCACAGUCAUUUCCAAUGUGGUUCUGGGUGGCUUGUGCAAUCUGAAACUGACUGAGGACCUCCUUUGUUCCCUACUUGACAUGAGAAGACAGGGUUUGGAGUUGAAUGGUCUUUCCUACUGUUAUGUUAUGAGAGGAUGCUAUCUAGAUGAAGAAUGGCUGGAACAAGGCAGGCAGCUUCAUGGAGUAGUUCUGAAGGCAGGGUGGGUUCCUUCAAACAUUUUCUUGUCAAACUCGCUUGUGGAUCUUUACUCAGCAACUGGGGAUUUGGUGGAUGCUAAGAAUGCACUUGAUGAUAUCCCUUCUGAGGAUGUCAUCUCAUGGAACUCCAUUGUUUCUGUUUAUGCAAGCAAAGGACGUAUGAAGGACGCAACUGAUUACUUGAGACAGAUGUUUUGGCACGGCAAGCUGCCCUCAGUUCGCUCCUUUGUUGGGCUCUUUGCUUUAUCUGGUCAGACUGGAGAUCUUCAAUUCGGGGUUCAGAUGCAUGGAGUUGCUCUUAAGCUUGGAUUCAGUUGGAGUAGCGCGCAUGUGCAAACUGCACUCAUUGACAUGUAUGGAAAGUGUUGCUCUUUUGAUUGUUCCCUGGUAAUCUUUAAUGAAAUCCCAAACCUUGCACUUGAGUGCUGUAACUCAACCAUCACAUCAUCAAUUCGCUGCAAGGUUUUUGACUCCGCAUUGGAGGUAUUGCACUGUAUGAUUGUAGAGGGAAUUGUGCCUGAUAAUGUGACUCUCUCUGCAACCAUGAAGGCCGUAUCUUUGUCGGCUUCUUCAAGUUUAAUCAGUUGCAAAAUGCUGCACUCUUGGGUCUUCAAAUUGGGCUUUGAAACAGACAUGGCUGUGUGCUCAUCCUUGAUCAGCGCGUAUGCUCGAGCUGGUCAAAUGAACAGUUCCCACUUGAUAUUUGAAAGCUUGCAGUAUCCGAAUGUCAUUUGCUUCACUUCAAUAAUAUCUGCAUGUGCUCGAUAUGGAGAUGGCGCCCAAGCAGUGGAGCUGUUCAAUAAGAUGGUUUCUAGGGGCCUCAAGCCUGACGAUGUUACCUUCCUGUGCGCAAUUGCUGGUUGUGAUCAGGCAGGACUGUUUGAAGAAGGAAGGCUGGUGAUGGAACUCAUGAGAGCAAGUCGUGAGCUGGAUCCUGAUGAAAGGCACUUUGCUUGCAUAGUUAACCUUCUGAGUCGAGAUGGUUUUGUGGAGGAGGCAAUGAAAAUGAUGGAGCACUCUCCACUGCGACACUACACCAAGGCAUGGAGCUCGCUCCUACAGAGUUGCAGGGCACAUGGUGAAAAUGUGCUGGGAAAGAGAGCUGCAAAUAUGCUGAUAGAUGUGGGCCAAAAGGAUCCAGCCACCAACUUGCAGGUAUCAAAAUACUUUUACGAGAUUGGGGACAACGAAAACGCUUCAAGGGUUAAAGCGAUGGCAAGUGGACAAGAAGUGAAGGAGAGUGGUCACAGCUCGGUUGAGAUCAGUCACGGAAUCUAGCAUCUGUGUACAAAACGCAGCAACCACAGGAUGAUGCCCGUGCAGACACAAAUGCAAAUGCGCAGUUUCCUAAAAGGUCCAGGCUCUUAUAGAGCGCUGCCUUCAGGUGUAUAUGAACCAGAAAGAAGUAAUUGAUGCCCUCUCUCAACAGGCAAAGAUAGAUCCUGGCAUUACUGAACUUGUCUGGCGACAACUUGAGCAACAGAAUCCUCUGUUUUUCAAGGCAUACUAUAUGAGGCUAAUGCUUAAGAAUCAAAUAAUGGACUUCAACAAGCUUCUUGAGGAUCAGCUCCAGAUUAUGAGUAAAGAGUUUCCUUCAGGGAUCCCUUCUAUGGCUCUUCCUAAUGGCUCUAGUUCCGACCCAUUAAAGCAAAAUUCAUGCUUUUUGCCUGAGACUGCUCCGGGAUCUGCAAUGCCAGAUGGUAUAAUGCACAAUGGAAGCUCAAGUGUUAUAAUAAAUGGCACACCUUCUGGUGAUCAAUUACUCAAUGUUGGUAAAGACAUGCAUGGUCUUCACAGUGGAAUAGAUGCUUCAACUAGCCUGCAGUCAUAUCAGAAUGCAUCUGCUGUGCUGUUUGGUGUAGACAAUGGGACGAGUGCGACAAUUAAGACAGAGUCUGGCUAUUCAAGCAAUGCUGAUUUUGCUUUCUGCGGGAAUACUUUCCUGGAAUCAUGCCAGUCAAUAGGUGAUGCAUCUGGUGGUGGAUCCUUCAGUAGCUCAGAGUUGAAUGGGCAACCACUGAAUGAUUCAAUUUUGGAUAUGGAAUCGUCAUCAUUUAGCUUCUUAAACCAGAUUCCCCAAAGUUUCAUCUUUUCAGACUUGGCAGAGGAUUUCAGCCAAAGUGCAGAAAUGACAACAUUCCUCACUUCUGAAACAAAUAACUUCUCUGAUUCAACAGUGGGAGAUCAUACAGCAGGUUGAUCAGUCAUGCACCGCGCACCGACCAUUUGUACAUACUCUUAUGGGCAGGCAAAUCUGCAUUGACGGAGAACUUGAGGAUCUUUUGAGUUAGCUGUCUCUUUUCUAGUUUCUCAUAAUCUCAUCUUAUAUUGUGAUAGGAUUGACUGUCUCCCUCAUCAUAGGGCAUACUGAGUCGAUCUUCCAGUACGCUUUCUGAUGGUGUCGUUGUGGUGCUGUACUGCUGUGUACACUAUUAUGCAUUCUGUAAUAUAAUGGUUAGGCGCAGCGGUAUCUGCAUCUGCAGUUUAUUGGGUAAUGGCCUUGUUUGUCUUGCACAGCAAAAUUGUUAUUUAUAUAGCUCCUUCUCGAAUCAGGGUUUA